AUGGGUUCACUCACUUUGAAAGCCUCAGGGUGGCUCGAGCGCUUGGGUGCUGGCCAUUGUGGCUCUGUUUGGGGCAAUUUGACAUCCCCUGAAACAGACCCUGUCCCUGUUGUCAUCAAAAGGGAAGAUGGAGCCCCGGGCCGAUCCCUGAGAAACGAAUUCCUUGUACAGUCGCAAAUCUGCUCAACCGCAAGCUUAGAGCAGGUGCUCGUGCCGUCAUGCUUGGACUUCAUGGAGAGUCAGGACCCGAGAUGGCAUCAGAUACUGCCUCAAUUACCCGAUGGGUCCCAAGGCUGCAAUGCAAUGCUUGCUGAAAAGAUACAGCCGGUGUCGAUCCGAGCUCGGCGCACCCUUGUUGAGAAUUACUGCCCGGAUGAAUUGAGAGAUCAGAUUUUGAACAGCAAAGAGAAUCACCACUGCUUGGUGCGAGUCUAUCUUGGCCGUAAGCGCCGGUUGAAUCCUAAACAACGACAAACUAGAUUCUUCAGCCUCCGCAAUUUCCCCCUACACAUCAACCAUGCCGAGGAAAUGGCCUUGCCCUGUGAAUCGUACGCCAAAGCCAUGGCCGAGGCGCUAGCAACUCUGCACUGGAAAGUGAGAACCGAUGCUGCUGAUGUCGAGUUCGUUCUCGCUAGCCCAAGAGGAGAUCCCGAGGCCAAUACCAGUGCACUGGGCGAGCAUCCUCUCUGGAUGCUUGACUUUGAUUGCUCAAGACCAAUCAAAGCAGAUGAUUCCGGAUUGACAGCCAUAGCGAAGGCAUUUUGGGGAAAUGACCCAUAUUACCCACGACCUCAUAGUACGGAUGGGCGAUCCCAGAAGCUGUGGGAUAUAUUUUCGGCAGAGUAUCGACGCGUUGGUCUAGAAAUUGUACGAGUUUAUCCCAUGGGUGAAACCCCAGAAAUAUUAUCCGAACUUGUCCAUGCUGCAAUUGGCAGAAUUGAGGAAACUCAUAGCCACAGCCAAUCUUUGCCUAUAUCAAGAGACUUUACCCAAUGA